AUGGAUGUUGGGCAACAAAAUCUGAAAGCUGCACCACUCCUGGUGUUUGAUGAUGCUGGCAAGCCUUGUGACGGUGCUUACGAGCAAGCAACUGAGCGUUUCGGCUUGGAUCGAGGUAAAAUUGAGAAUAUUUUGCCAUGCACACCUUUUCAAAUUGAUGUGAUGGAUUGUGCUGUUUCAGACGGGAAACACGCUAUUGGUCAUGUUGUUUAUGAGAUUCCAAGAAGCGUUGACACCCAGCGCCUCUCCGCAGCUUGGAAGGAGGUUAUUCGCCAGACUCCAGCCUUGAGGACCUGUAUAUUUAAAUCAGAAGUUGGAGAUUCUUUUCAAGUUGUGCUAGCAGAGAGUUACUUCUCGUGGAUGCGUUCUACAUGCAUCAAUAUGAAAGAAGCAAUCAUACAUGACGAGCAAGCUGUUGCUAUGAUAGGACCGCGUUGCAAUCGAUACGUCAUUCUCGAAGACCUCGACACAAAGCAAAGACUGCUUCUCUGGACAUUCAGCCAUGCCUUAGUGGAUACAAGCCUACAACAACGAAUCCUUCAACGGGUUCUCACGGCCUACGAGGGCGGAGAAAUUCAAUACUCUAACUGGUCUAAAGCGUUGCUGAACCCUCAGGCCGGGAAUGUGGAACGCGCGGCUCAGCUUUGGCGGCAACACCUUGACGGCUUGGAUGCCUCUGUGUUUCCUCCUCUGCCGUCCCAUCUGUCUACGCCCCAUCCUAAUACGUAUGUAGAGCAUCGCAUCUCAUACCUUGGUCCAGCCCAACAAAAGUGGUCCAACACAGUUGUCUGCCGAGCCGCGCUUGCAGUUCUUAUAUCUCGCUUCACCCACUCUCCGGAGGCACUUUUUGGUGUUGUGAUGAGGCGGUCUCACAAAUUAGAAGAGCAAGUUGAUGGCCCGACACAAACAAUAGUACCCAUGCGUGUGCUUUGCGACCCUCAUCAAUCUGUACCAGAAGUUAUACAGACGAUCACUGACCAUGAUCAUGCCAUGUACGAGAUUGAACAAGUCGGACUUUGUAACAUCCGCCGCAUUGGAGACGACGGGUCUGCUGCUUGUGAGUUCCAAACGGUGCUUCUGGUAACUGAUAGUGAUGCUCCACAAGCGCCCAGUUGCGAGAUUCUCCAAAAUAUAGAAGAAUCAAAUAUAUUCUUGCCAUGCACCAAUCGUGCCCUUCUACUCAGCUGCCAGAUGGGUGGCGACUCGGCAUUACUGGGGGCACGUUAUGAUCAGAGUGUGAUUGAUCAUUCUCAGAUGGCUCGUUUCCUGAGACAGUUGGGAUUCUUAAUCCAGCAAUUUCAAAAUCAUGUGGAGCAUCUUCCUCUUGUGGGACACCUAGACGUCAUAACGCAAGAGGACCGCGUGGAGAUCGAGGGCUGGAACUCGGGACGCUUAGAGGCACAGGAUGCCUUGAUACACGAUGUAAUAUCUAAGAAAGCUGCUGACGCUCCAGAUAACAUGGCAGUCUCUGCUUGGGAUGGGGAGUGGACUUACGCCGAACUGGACAGUGUAUCAUCCCGUCUGGCCGCAUACAUCCAAUCCCUUGAUCUGGGCCAAGGACAGACAAUAUUGCCACUCUGCUUUGAGAAGUCAAAAUGGGUCAUAGCUAGCAUGCUUGCUGUUCUUAAAGCUGGUCGGACAUUUACACUCAUCGACCCAUGCGAUCCACCGGCUAGAAUGGCCCAGGUCUGUCGACAAACUGGUGCUACUGUCGCUCUCACCUCCAAGCUUCACAGCAACACUAUAUGCACUGUCAUUGACCGCUGUAUUGUAAUCAGCGAUUCUUUUCUUCGGUCACUGCCCCUUGAUAAAGACCAGCUGAAACCAACGGUGAAGCCUCACGACUUGGCCUAUGUCAUUUUCACGUCUGGUAGCACAGGGGAACCAAAAGGAAUUAUGAUUGAGCAUGGUGGAUUUGUGUCCUGUGCUAUCAAGUUUGGCCCCGCAUUAGGAAUCAAUGACCAUACCCGUGCUCUUCAGUUUGCGUCGUAUGCAUUUGGUGCCUGCUUGGUAGAAAUCGUGACGGUUCUGAUGCAUGGUGGUUGCGUCUGUAUUCCUUCUGAUGAGGAUCGUAUGAAUAGUGUCCCGGAUUUCAUCGGAAAGAGCAAUAUCAACUGGGUGAUACUGACUCCUUCGUAUAUCGGUACACUUCAGCCUGACAAUGUCUCAGGACUACAAACAUUGGUGUUGGUUGGAGAACCGAUAUCAGCAUCGAUUAGAGAUAUUUGGGCCUCUCGAGUUCAGCUCCUACACGCCUAUGGCCAGAGUGAGAGCUCAACGAUAUGUAGCGUUACAAGAGUAACUCCAUCAACUCUUGAGCCAAACAAUAUCGGUCGCACUGUAGGCGCCCACUCCUGGAUUGUCGACCCGAACGAGCCUAAUAACCUUGCUCCAAUUGGUUGUGUUGGCGAGCUGGUAAUUGAAAGUCCAGGAAUUGCUCGUGAGUAUAUUGUUGCUCUGCCGCCGGAUAAGUCGCCUUUUUUCGUGACGGCCCCAGCUUGGUACCCUACCAGACAACUCUCUGGCUGUUUUAAGUUCUAUAAGACUGGAGAUCUCGUCCGUUACAGAUCUGAUGGUACUGUUGUCUGCCUUGGACGCAAAGAUUCGCAGGUUAAAAUCCGAGGGCAGCGCGUGGAAAUCAGCGAAGUGGAAGCCCGCCUACGACAGCAACUACCCGGUCAUAUCACGCCUGUGGCUGAAGCUGUCAAAACUUCGGAGCUUUCCAGUGGCAAGACUUUGAUUGCAUUCUUGAUAGGGGCGUCGCAAGGCGAAGAGAACAGUGCCUUCAUUGUACCCACGAUAGAUGCUCACAUCCUUGACCACAGUGCAACCAAGGAGAUAAACGCGACACUGCAACUAGCCCUUCCCCAGUAUUCAAUCCCAUCAUACUAUAUUGUUAUGAAGACUCUGCCUCGUACAGCCACGGGGAAAGCAGAUAGAAAAACCCUUCGGUCUAUUGCUAGCAAACUAUUAACUGAACUGGCUCAAAAUACCAUAUCUCUGCGAAGCGAAAAGUUUGGAUCACCAGCAACUACUACAGAAAUCAAAUUAAGAGAGUUUUGGUACCAAGGUUUAAAUCUUGAUCCCACUUCUAAAAUGGACGGAGCAAGUUUCUUUGAGCUAGGUGGAGAUUCUAUUGCUGCGAUUAAGAUGGUAAACAUGGCCAGGUUGGCCGGCAUCUCGCUAAAAGUAUCCGAUAUAUUCCAAAAUCCUACGCUUGCCGAUCUUUUAGAUGUAAUCGGACGAGACUCUACACCAUACACGUCAAUCCCAAUUACAAACUAUGGCGGACCUGUUGAACAGUCUUUUGCUCAAGGCCGCCUGUGGUUCUUAGACCAGCUGGAGCUCGGCGCUUCGUGGUAUCUCUUACCAUACGCUGUUCGCAUGCGUGGGCCGCUGCAAAUUGAUACGCUGAGAGUUGCUCUAGUAGCCCUAGAACAACGACAUGAAACUCUGCGGACGACAUUUGAGGAGCAGAACGGUGUAGGAGUUCAAGUUGUUCAUGCGAAUAUCUUUCGGGAGCUGAAGGUGACCGAUUUGUCAGACGACCAAAAUGAUAGUUAUCUGCAGCUGCUACAACAAGAGCAGACCACUCCAUUUAAUCUGGCAUCCGAGGCAGGAUGGAGGGUAUCACUCAUGCGGCUUGGAGAAAACGACCAUGUACUUUCAAUUGUCAUGCAUCAUAUAAUCUCCGACGGUUGGUCUACUGACAUUUUACGCCAAGAACUGGGCCAAUUCUAUGCUGCCGCUCUCCAGGGCCGUGACCCCCUGUCAAUGGUGAGCUCUCUCCCAAUCAACUAUCGCGACUUUUCUAUAUGGCAAAAGCAGGAUGAGCAGGUGGUCGAACAGCAGAAACAGCUGGAAUACUGGACCAACCAGCUUUUAAAUAGCUCUCCGGCCGAAUUCUUGAUUGAUUUCCCCCGGCCGACUAUACUGUCUGGCAAGGCAGGCUACGUGCCAGUCACUAUCGAUGGCGAUCUGUAUAUGAAGCUCCGAGAAUUCUGCAAAGUACACCAAAUGACUGCCUUUACCGUGCUGCUAGCGGCGUUCCGAGCAGCUCAUUAUCGCCUUACCGGGACUGAAGACGCCGUCAUUGGCACACCCAUUGCUAAUCGAAAUCGGCGGGAGCUGGAAAACAUUAUCGGUUUCUUUGUUAACACUCAAUGUAUGCGAAUCACUGUUGACAGUGAUGAUACGUUUGAAACACUGGUACGACAGGUCCGGUUGACGGCGACAGCAGCGUUUGAGCACCAAGAUGUCCCCUUUGACCGCGUGGUUUCAGCACUACUACCUGGCUCAAGAGACUUGUCUCGGAACCCGCUGGCCCAGAUUAUGUUUGCGGUUCAUUCUCAAAAGGACUUUGGAAGGUUCGAGUUGGAAGGCCUUGAAGCGGAACCCCUAUUGAAUCAGGUAUAUACCAGGUUCGACAUAGAGUUUCACCUAUUCCAAGAGACGGACAGCUUAAGCGGAAAUUUGGUUUUCGCGGCAGAUCUAUUCAAACUUGAGAAUAUCCGCAAUGUGACCAGUGUAUUCUUCGAAAUACUGCGUCAAGGUCUCUCUCAGCCCCAAACCCCAGUCGCAGUUAUCUCAUUUGCCGAUAGUGUUAUGGAGCUGCGCAAUAUGGGCCUACUUGAGAUCGAGAAGACUAGAUAUCUCCGUAAUGCAAGCAUAGCUGAUGUCUUCCGCACCCAAGUGGCUGCUAGCCCCCACGCUUUUGCCGUUGUCGACUCGUCAUCUCGCCUCACCUACGCUGAGUUGGACCAUCAAUCUGACAAGGUCGCGAUUUGGCUCUGCCAGCGUAACAUGGCAGCUGAGACUUUGGUUGGAGUGUUAGCGCCACGGUCAUGCGAGACAGUCAUUGCCAUUCUCGGCAUUCUGAAAGCAAAUCUUGCAUAUCUACCUCUCGACGUGAAUUCUCCUGUCGCCCGCCUAAACGGGAUACUAUCUGCAUUGCCGCAGCAUAAGUUAGUCUUACUCGGUUCUGAGGUCACUGCUCCGGAGGUUCAGGUACCUGGUGUGGAGCUGGCAAAAAUCAGCGACACAUUGAUAGAACGUCGCGAUGUAGAUGAUAUGGGUGGUCAUGCAGACACAUUUUCACCAGGUCCAUCAGCGACAAGCCUUGCAUAUGUGAUCUUUACAUCCGGGUCAACUGGAAAGCCUAAAGGCGUUAUGAUUGAGCAUCGUAGCGUUAUAAGACUUGUCAAGGAGACAAGAAUAAUAUCCAAGUUCCCAUUAGCGGUGAGAGUGGCUCAUCUAUCCAGCAUCGCCUUUGACGCCGCUACCUGGGAGAUCUUUGCGGCACUCUUGAAUGGUGGAACGCUAGUGUGCAUUGAUUAUAUGACCACUUUAGACAGCAAAGAACUCGAGGCUGUAUUUGCUCAAGAACAAGUCAAUACGGCUUUGAUUACACCGGCGUUGCUUAAGCAGUGUCUAGCCAAUAUUCCUUCCACACUAAAUGGGCUAGAGGUCCUUGUUAUAGGUGGUGAUAGGCUCGAUGGCCAGGAUGCAAUCGCAGCGCAAGCACUUGUACGGGUUUGUGUCUUUAAUGCGUAUGGUCCAACGGAGAAUGGAGUGAUAAGUACUGUUUAUAACGUCGUCAAGAGUGACUCAUUCAUUAAUGGAGUUCCCAUUGGCAGAGCCAUCAGCAACUCCGGGGCCUAUAUCAUGGACAGUUGUCAGCAGAUAGUCCCUAUCGGUGUAAUAGGAGAGCUUGUUGUCACUGGAGAUGGGCUCGCACGAGGAUAUACCGACUCAAACCUAGAUUCAGACCGCUUUGUUCAAGUUACUAUUGGUGGCGAAGUCAUGAGGGCAUAUCGAACUGGUGAUCGAGCGCGAUGCCGUGUAGGGGACGGCCAAAUUGAGUUCUUUGGCCGUAUAGACCAACAAUUCAAGAUUCGAGGCCACCGCAUUGAGCCAGCCGAAGUAGAGCGUGCCAUUCUUAGCCAGGACUCAGUCCGAGAUGCUGUCAUAGUCAUCCGGGAUCAAGAGGGUCAAGAGCCGGAAAUGGUUGGUUUUGUUGCGACCCAAGGCGACGACCACUCCGCCGAGCAGGAGGAAGCUGGUAGCCAAGUCGAAGGAUGGAAAGAGUUUUUCGAAAGCAACACUUAUGCCGAUAUUGACACCAUCGGGCAAUCUGCUGUUGGCAACGAUUUUAAGGGCUGGACGUCUAUGUACGACGGGAAUGAGAUUGACAAGACUGAGAUGCAGGAGUGGCUUGACGACACCAUACGCACGCUUCUUGAUGGUCAGACACCAGGUCACGUACUCGAGAUAGGUACUGGCAGUGGCAUGAUCUUGUUCAAUCUUGGUACGGGACUACAAAGCUACGUAGGUCUUGAACCAUCUAAGUCAGCGGUUACAUUUGUUACCAAGGCAAUUAAGUCCAUACCAGCUCUUAAAGGAAAGGCCAACGUACAUGUUGGUUCAGCGACAGACGUGGGUCAACUGAGUGAACUCUAUCCAGAAUUGGUAGUACUCAACUCGGUAGUUCAGUAUUUCCCUUCGUCUGAGUACUUGGAGCAGGUUGUAGACACUCUGGUUCGGAUGCCGGGCGUUAAACGCCUUUUCUUUGGUGAUAUACGAUCGCACGCAACGAAUAAACAAUUUCUCGCUGCUCGAGCGUUACACGAGUUGGGUGACAAGUCAACUAGAGGUGCUGUACGUCAGAGAAUGAUGGAAAUGGAAGAACGUGAAGAGGAGCUGCUUGUUGACCCGACCUUCUUUACGAUGCUUGAAAAGAGGUAUCCCAAUCAUAUCAAGCACAUCGAGAUCCUUCCGAAGAAAAUGCAGGCGACAAACGAGCUUAGCGCGUACCGCUAUGCGGCAAUGAUACACAUACGCGGCCCCGAGGAGCAAGACCAACCCGUGUAUCAGAUCAACAUGAACGAAUGGAUCAACUUUGAAGAAUCACGGAUGGACUAUCAAGAUCUUCUCGGACUUCUGAGGGACUCGACAGCUGCCCUGACCAUCGCCAUUAGCAAUAUCCCGUAUAGCAAAACCAUUUUUGAGAGACAUAUAAUUGACUCUCUCGAUAAAGAAAGUGGAAAUAAAGAUGCCCCAAACCUGCUGGACGGUGCGGCCUGGAUCUCAGCCGUCCGCACUGAUACCGAAAGCUGCUCAUCUCUUUCCGUAACUGACCUUGUGCAGCUUGGAGAAGAGGCCGGCUUCCGUGUUGAGGUCAGCGCAGCACGGCAAUGGUCUCAAAGUGGCGCACUUGACGCUGUCUUCCACCGCUAUGAUUUAUGUACCCAAAAGGGGAACCGUGCUCCAAUCCGCUUCCCGAAUGAUAACCACGCUCGAGGAUUGGCCAAUCUUACAAACCGACCUCUACAGCGGCUACAGAGUCGUCGGCUCGUAUCACAGAUCCGCGAGAAGCUGCGGUCGCUGCUCCCAUCGUACAUGAUCCCAUCUCGCAUUGUGGUGAUAGACGAGAUGCCUCUCAAUGCUAAUGGCAAAGUUGAUAGAAAAGAGCUUACGCGAAGAGCCCAAGCUGCAGUUCAGAAAUUCCAGGAAAGGCCUGAACAGGUGCUUCCACUCAACGAAAUAGAGGUGGUGUUGUGUGAGGAGUUUGCGGAGGUGUUCAGCAUCCAGGUCGGAAUCAACGACAACUUCUUUAAACUUGGUGGGCACUCUCUCUUGGCAACAAAGCUUACUGCACGUAUCGGCCGUCGGCUGAAUACCCGCGUGUCAGUGAAGGAUAUCUUCGACCAGCCCGUGAUUGCUGAUCUCGCAGCUACCAUACGCCGAGAAUUAAAUAUACACAGCUCUCUGUCCAUACCGUCGUACAGUGGGCAUGAGAAGCAGAUGGUAUCUGCACAAGUGCCCCCCCGUAACGAAAUAGAAACCGUGCUGUGUGAGGAAUUUUCUUAUGUGCUCGGCAUCGAUAUUGGCAUUACUGAUCACUUUUUUGACCUUGGUGGACAUUCUCUGAUGGCUACAAAGCUCGCUUCUCGUAUCAGCCGCCGACUAGAGGCGCGUGUAUCAGUCAAAGAUAUCUUCGAUCACCCAGUUCCCGUCCAUCUCGCGGCAAAGAUUGAGCUUACUCAGCCAGGGAACUACGAAGUGGCCAACGGUGUACAGGCGGUUAACAACACUUCAUUCGAGCUACUCCCUAUGGAGGAUCCGCUAACAUUCAUCCAAAGUGAGAUUUCACCCCAGCUUGAGUAUUCUCACGAUACAAUCCAAGACGUCUAUCCUGCUACGCAAAUGCAGCGACUCUUCCUCUUCAAUCCCACAACGGGCCAACCACGAACCCCAACGCCUUUUUUCGUGGACUUCCCAUCUAAUUCUAACUGUGCAAGUCUGGCGGCGGCUUGUAAAUCUCUAGUCGAGCAUAUCGAUAUUUUCAGAACGGUAUUCUUGGAAGUGGCGGGCGACCUAUAUCAAAUUGUUCUGAAGCAUCUUGAUUUGGCCAUCGAGAUAAUCGAAACAGAGGAAAAUAUCAACAGUGCAACCCGUGCAUUUCUGGAUAUGGAUUUACGACAGCCUAUCCGCCUAGGACAACCGCUAAUACGCAUUGCCAUUUUCAAGGCGCAAACAUCACCACUACGAAUAAUACUUCGAAUGUCUCAUGCCUUAUAUGACGGGUUAAGCUUGGAGCACAUUGUACGCUCUCUUCAUAUUCUGUACAGCGGCGGCACCCUUCCAACACCGCCCCAGUUCGCUCGGUAUAUACAGCAUAUAGCUGAGAGUCGUAAAGACGGUUAUGAUUUCUGGCGCUCUGUUCUUCAAAAUUCGUCAAUGACUGUCAUUAAAGAUACCAAUGACAGUUCUCACCAAGAAGAAGUCGCUUCUGCCGGGACUUAUCACGCGUCAAAGGUCAUCAGCGUUCCUUUUCAGGCUAAUGCAGACAGCAGCAUCACACCUGCAACGGUUUUUACCACUGCCUGUGCUUUAGUACUAGCGAAAGAGGCCGACUCAAGUGAUGUGGUCUUCGGUCGAAUCGUAUCCGGACGACAAGGCUUGCCUGUAUCUUGCCAAAAUAUCAUUGGUCCCUGUACUAAUGAAGUGCCAGUGCGCGCCUGUAUUGAUUGGGAUACAGACAAGAGAAUAUUGCUUCGCAAGAUGCAAGACCAAUAUCUCGAUAGCUUGUAUUUCGAGACUCUAGGGUUCGAUGAAAUUAAGAAAAAUUGCACAAACUGGUCAGCAGAAAUUACAAACUACAGCUGUUGCAUCGCCUACCAGAACUUUGACUACCAUCCUGAUAGUCAAAUGAACGAACAACGGGUUCAGAUAGGAGUUUUAUCGCGAGAUAUCGAUGCUACAAAGGAAGUACCUUUGCACGAUCUAGUGAUAUCAGGAGAGGCUGAACUGGACGGACCUUACUUACAUGUUACCGUUGCCGCUAACAGGCAAGUUUGUGAAGAAGGGAGGGUGAAACGCAUACUUGAAGAGCUCUGCGAAACGAUUAAUGCUCUGAAUCUAGCUCUAUGA